AUAUGGCGGCUGUCACAUGAGUGAUUUCAACCUUGAUGUCUGUAAGGCAAUUUUCAGCUUUCAAAGUGAUUGUGACGAUCUCAAAAACAGAGGGAGAAUUGUUUGGACCACGAUCGUAAUUUCCGAGUGUCUUCCAACUCAUUAUAGGAAAAAAUUAGGAUUGAUCAUCGCGAAUGGAUUCCACCUCCGCUGCGGCGAAAGAAGCAAAACCAAGUUGAUAUUUUAGGCAACUGAUCGUGGCUUCGCACAUUGUUUUCUAGAAGAUUUAAAAUGGACGAAGAAGACGAUCUUCAACCCGAUUCUCCUCCGGGAUUUGUGGAAGAAAUUGAUAGUUCAGAACUAGAGCAAAUUGAGACAGUUGGAAGAGGUGCAUUUGGGGUUGUUUCCAAGGCAUUGUAUAGACAGAAAUUUGUUGUAGCUGUGAAGACAAUUGAAACUGAAGCAGAAAAGAAAGCCUUUAGUGUUGAGGUUCAACAGCUGUCUCGUAUCAGUCAUACAAAUAUCAUCAAGUUGUAUGGUGUCUGCACUACCCAGAAUCCUGUAUGUCUGGUCAUGGAGUAUGCUGAAGGAGGCUCACUUUACAACUUACUUCAUUGGCAACAUUCUGCAUCACGGUGUGCUCCGAUUUACACAGCCUCUCAUAUGAUGAGCUGGGCUCUCCAGUGUGCAAGAGGAGUAGAAUAUUUACAUGGAAUCAAACCCAAAGGAAUCAUCCACAGAGACCUCAAGCCCCCAAAUUUAUUGCUGACAAAAUGUGGAACUGUUUUAAAGAUCUGUGAUUUUGGAACAGCUUGUGACAUGAAAACAUACAUGACAAAUAACAAGGGAAGUGCAGCAUGGAUGGCUCCUGAAGUGUUUGAAGGCAACAAUUAUACAGAGAAGUGUGACGUUUUCAGCUUUGGUAUAAUCCUUUGGGAGAUGAUUACUCGCCGCAAGCCCUAUGAGGACAUGUCGGGAUUCAAUGCUUUCAGAAUAAUGUGGGCUGUUCAUAAUGGAACAAGGCCUCCAUUGAUAUCAAAUAUUCCAAAACCAAUUGAAGAUCUAAUGACAAGCUGCUGGGAUAAGGUGCCAGCAAAGAGACCAUCGUUCACAAGAAUUGUUCACAUGCUUCAACAUUUAGUGCAAUUCUUUCCAGGUGCAGACACAUGUCUUGUUUUUCCAGUUGGAACCUCAAGUACAAGCACAGAUGAAAGCAGCCCAAGCUUAGAUUUGUCUCUGCUGGGUUCUGAAAUGGAUCAAAAUGGUCAGGAAAUGUCCACACAAGGAAGCACACUAAGUGACACUGUCAUUGGAAUGAAGAGUCAGCCCUCUACUGAGAGUGAUGAAGAAGGUUCCUAUGAAAUUGAGGAUGAGGACAAAGUGGAUGAUGAAACUCCAGUCCCAGGAGAGUUAGAGGGUGAACCUCCUUUGGAGGUUGGAUAUGAGAGUCCUCAGCGUACAGCCUCUCCAACCAUUACUAUCUCCGUUGACAACAAGAGUCCCACUGCUCAGUUUGUGCGACAGCCAUCCGAUUCAGGAGGGCCCAGUCACAAGCCAGGAAAAGCUCCAGUAAGCCCUUUACCUGGGCCAGUUCCAGGUAUUAAUUUUGAGCCAAUCAAAAUCAUUUCAGCAUCAGCUUCUCCAAGCUCAAAUUCUAGCUUGACGACCUCGUCUGCAUUGCCAUCUGAGGUGAGCCCAGUGAAGGCUUUAAGUCCAAGAAUUUCUUAUCCGCCAGUGAGUCCUGCUGUCAGUUCUGGUUACUAUCCAAAUUACACUUCAGACAUCCCACCAAGUGGAGGGGUGCAGCAGGCACCAUUUUACUCACCUGGAAGCCAUAUGUCUACAGCACCAUCAACAGGGCAACCACUAAUCUAUUCUGAGGCUUCAGGAUCUGGUUAUCUGGGAGGUGCAACAUCCCCAUACAGAUCUCCUAGUCCUAUUCCACCAAAUUAUGGCCAGCAAGGGGCUUACCCACCCAACUCCAUGUACCCCCCUGCUACUAGCUAUGCCUUUCCUACACCAACCAGCACUGGUCCAAUGCAAAUGCCUGCACUAAGCACUGUGCCAUCAGUGCCCAGAAACACUCCUGUGUCAGGAUUUCGUACAUCCCCUCCACCAGAUGGUUUGGACUUGGAAGAGCUACGGCUGGCCCUACAGAAUGAUCUUGACCCCCCAGAACAUGGUAAAAGAGUUCGCUUUAAUUCCAGUGGUGCUUCCUCACAGGGAUCUCAUGCUGUGGGAUCUGGAUUUUCCAGUCCAUCAAGUUCAGGAACUGGCAGUCCUUACCCAGACAGGAAGACAAGUUGGCCAGUGAGUUCCCCGCGCGCACACAGCCAUCCUCAUCCUCAUAUGAACAGAUCUGUGUCUUCUCCAGAAACGAAGUUCAGUGGAGAGAAAAGAAGCCCUUUAGCAAGGAGACGCGAACAAGAUCAAACAGGUUUCCCAAGCAUUUUACAGACUUUGGCUACCCAUCUGCAGCCCAUUGCACCUAACCCUGCAAUUCCAGAGUCACAAGCAAUUUAUGAAGAGCACAUUAAGCUUGCAAGAGAUUACAUCCAAGUUCAAACAGAAAUGGCAGUGAUUCUGCAAAAGAAGCUUGAACUUGAAAAAGACUUGGAAGAAUAUGAGACAGAACAGCAAGUUAAUGCUCAAUAUGUGGAGGAGUUUGCAAUGUUGACUAGUGAAAAGGAAAAUCUCCUUUUGCUUCACAAAAAUUUGAAGUCACAGUUAGAAGAAAUGAAACGGCAGCCACCUGUGCUUUUACAUGGUUGUCCACUAAGUGGCCAGUAUAUGUAACUGGCCACAGAAUAAACACACAAAUGGUGUACAGUAUUCAUAAUAAUUCAGAUAUCUGCAGUUAGUGAAGAAUCUCAUAAAUUAUGACCUUAAUUUCAAAAGAAAUAGAAAAGAAGGGUUUUUAGAAAAAAAUUGCUUCCUUCUUCCUUCAGGUUAUGAAUGCUAAAUUGCCAACCUUGCAUAAACUUCAUUAACUAAUUGAAAUUCUAGGAAUGGUCACAGAAAACUGUCCCACAUGAGAUUGUUUAAUAUAUCCAAAGUAUGGUUGCAGAUGUUAUCCACCCAUAGCAUUAUUUUCUAACCAUACCUUAUGUCUGUGGAUUGCCUACCUUUAACAUAAUUGCACAGCAUGUUUUUCAAUGAACAUUUUCAAUUUUAAAGUCUGUUCUUCAUAAUAAUUUACUGACAUCUAAAUUAGUGUCAGCUUCCUUCAAUGUUGCUUUGUGUAGGGAAAAGAUGGAACAAAGUUUUAUUUGAAGGACAAAGUAUGGUAUAUUUAGAAUUUUUAUAAGGUGAUCUUUUGUUACCUAUAUGUAUUUUUUCAUUCACACAAGCUACCUCUGCUAUGAUAUAGGAUCAAUUCAAUAUUUUUCCUCCACUUCAUUUUAUGAGUAACAAUUUUGUCUUUUAUUGGUGCUGCAACUUGAAUGGAAUCAGGAACCAUUUUAGAUCAGCUAAAAUAUUUUCCAACCACUUUAUUCAAUAAGUUUUAAUUACGAUUUAUCUGUUAUUAGUGCUGUAAUUUGGAUGGAAGUGGGAAUCAUUUUAGCUUUGUUAUGCAGUCAUUCUUACUUGUAAAUUACCUAAACAAAGAGACAUUCAUUGGAAUGCAACUUGUUCUGAUGUUACCUCUGGAAAAAAAAAAGUAGUUACACAGCACAACCUUUAGUACAUAAUGUAGUACAGUAAAAUUGAUGAUUGUAUUCUUUGUAAUUGAUGUAGUUUAUUUAGUCAAUGGAGUCAAGUGACAAUGAUGAAUUUUCGAAAACUAGACGUGGCAAACAGUUUGUUGCAUGAGUAGUUAAUAAUUCACUUAACAGUGAUGGAUUUAGUUAUCAACUUAAAGUUAAGUUGACACAUUUUAAGUAAAAUCAUCUUUUUCAUGAAUAACUUUCUAGAAUGAAAACAAGUUUUAAGUUUAAUAAUGCUUUUUACCACUGUACAAGAAUAAUAAAUAGGUACAUAAGAUAAAGGAAAGCAGUAGGGGGAAACUGGACUCCCAUCUAAAACUGCUCUCCAAGUUUCAAGAUAAUAAAAUAAAAAGAAAAUAAUGUCUAAUGCAUAACCACACAUCUUGAUCAAAAAGAAAAUGAAGGAACUACUGUGUUUUAACAAUAAAAUCAAAAUAUAGUAGAUUAUCAUAAAUAAUACAAUAAUUAAUAAUACAAAACAACUAAGUAGGAAGAUAAUUAAAUAAUCAAUUUUUAAAGAUAUUUAAACUGGGACCUGACAUAACAGAAUUAGGUAACGAGUUCCAGCCAUUAAUGUAACGGUCAAAAAAAUGAGAAUUUAAAAUAGUUUGUCCUUGCUGCCCUGGGUCUGAUUUUAAAAUCAUGGUUACUUCUAGUUCUGGUCGGGCCAGUCAGAUCAAUAUAUCUAGUAUAGUCCCCAUCACAAGAGCCAUGAAUUAUCUUGUAAAGCUGAACCAAGCAAAGAUAUUUUCUUUCGAGCUUCAAUGUUGACCAGUUCAGUUAGCCUUUCAGAGGAAGAUUUGACUGAUCCACAAAUCAAUUGAGUAGCAUGACGCUGGAGGGAUUCAAUACUGUGAAUGUGUGUAACCAAAUGUGUGUUCCACACUGGCAGGCACAUUCAAGAAUAGGACAAAACUAGAACAUUAAAGGCUGUUUUUACUGCCACAGGA